AUGGCUGCGUCUACACAGACGGUGAACGAGCUCAGGGUGAUGGUGGUGGGUGACUCCAUCUCACAUGGACGCGAGGGAGAUUGGACCUGGAGAUACCGCAUCUGGCAAUGGUUCAAGCAGCAGCGCAUUGCCGUGCGCUUCGUCGGCCCAUACAAGGGCACCGUUUCUCCAGAGAAAUAUCGGCCUCGGCAGCCGCCCCGGCUAAUCACGGAGCCCCGCGACCCGCCACCGCCGCUGCGGACCGAUGGAGGAUACGCUUGUGGUGUCGAGCCGGACUUCCUUGCCAACUCGGACCACUUCGCUGCGAACGGACGCCAAGCCUACCAGGCCAAGGAUCUCAUCGCUGAGCAGGUCGCCGCCUACCAGCCAGAUUUCUGCCUCGUUGAGCUUGGGUUUAACGAUCUUGGCUGGCGUAUUUGCGGGCCGGCUGAGACGCUUGCGAGUAUGAAGCACUUGAUCGACCAGGCAAGGUCCGCGAAACCCGACAUCAAGUUCGCCGUUGCCAAUAUUCCGCAUCGGACCUGUAUACCAGGCCGCGAGGACUUACCCAGGGAUACGGAUGCCUACAAUGACAUGCUUGCCCGAACUAUUCCAUACUGGAGUAGCCCACGGUCGCCCGUUGCUCUUGUACGCUUCUGCGAGAACUAUUCAUGCGGCGGCACCAAUUCUGAGGCCGCCUAUGAUGGUCUUCACCCUAACGCCCUCGGAGAGUACCAGCUCGCCCAGGCCUUUUCGCGUACCCUAAUCUCGGUCUUCAAUCUCGGCCAUAGCGAGCUCGUGAUCCCCAGAAACAUUCCCCCUCGCCCCGUGCCGACGCCCGCGAACCUCAGAGCAUUCCCCUCCCCGAGUGGCAUCGCAAUCACAUGGGAUGCCGUCUACGGCGUCUUCGGCUACGAUGUUCAACACCGUUGCGCCGGUUCUACCAACUGGGACUUUACCCAUGUAGAAUGCAACCGCUUCGAUGUGGCGCCGCUGCGGAAGGGCCAGGUGGUGGAGUGUCGGAUUCGCACGAGCGGGGGGGAUAGCCUCAAGUCACCAUGGAGCAGCAUCGCUUCAGCGAUGGCAGACCCAGCGGCAGCGCCGCCGCCCGUCAACAUGGUCACCCACGCCACUUGUGCCGGGUUCUCCAUCACGUGGGACCCUCCACCGCCACCGUUUGCUGGCGAGAUAGACCGAUAUGGUCUCAUCUACUUCGAUGGAGAUCAGCCCGGUGCUUUCCCAUCCAUUGUGGGGGUCAGAGGUAACCAGGCAGAGUUGGAUGGUCUGGCGAUAGGGGACCGCUAUCACAUCGCCAUGGAGACGUGGACCGCUGUCGGCGGAGGGUUGGCGACUGGUGCACGCGCGGUGAGAGUUGGUAGGGGGAUACCCGCUGCGCCCGGUCAUGUCAGCGUUCUGGCACUUGACGCGAACACCGUCGAGAUCAGGUGGCCUGAUAUUCCUGAUGCCGCCGGGUACGAUCUCUGGCUCCAACGCGCGAAAUGUACCAGUGAUGGCCCAGGGCCGCAGGGCCCUACAUUGGGUCCGCCGUUGGACCCUAUUCCCUGCGAAGAUGCACUCACUGAGUACGGAACACGGUUGCUUAAGGCCACUAUUUCCAACAUAGACCCUCCGGUCUGGGGUUGGCAAUUCGCCAUCAGAGCAUACAACGGCGACGACUCAUCUCCACUGUCUACAUGGGUUUCCCCAGCACCGGAGGGCUUAUCCUUAGCGAAGGGUGACGCUAUACAGGUUGAGAUCCGGUAUAAAUGA